AGCAACCCGGCAUUUUAUUUCAUUCGGCUAACGGCAUUCCGUCGGAGCGCACGUGUGUUUAAAUAAUGUUUUUAAUUAUUUUGCUUAGUGCCGCCUUGGCGGUGACCAGUGGUCAGAGAACGUUAAGUGUAAACACAACUGAAGGGGUUGUAGUGGGCUAUGGUGAUGAUUAUUUUGAGUUUUACGGAUUAAGGUACGGAGGUCCUGUCUCGGGAGCAAACAGGUUCAAGGCCCCGAGCCCAGCCACCCCAUACCCGUCAGAAUUCCACGCAAUGGAUAGGAAUAUCCGCUGUAUCCAACCAACGUCCUCAGGACACGUCGGAGUCGAAGACUGCUUGUAUCUUGACGUUUUUACCAAAAAUGUCACCUACGCAAAACCCGUCCUCGUAUGGCUUGAAAGCGAAGGCUACCAAUCAUCUAGAAUGCCAUCUUCCUUCAGACAACUUGUAACUAACGAUGCUGUCGUUGUAUCGUUGAAUUACCGUCUAUCAAUCUUUGGAUUUCUAUGUCUUGGAGUCGCUGAAGCACCAGGAAAUGCUGGCCUAAAAGACAUCGUUCUUGGUUUGAAUUGGAUUAAAAAUAAUAUUGCUGGAUUUGGCGGUGAUCCUACUAAUGUUGUACUUCUCGGACAUGGCUCUGGAGCUGCAAUAGUUGAUUUAUUAACGAUGUCUCCAUUAGCUGAAGGAUUAUUUCAUAAAGCUAUUGUUCUCAGUGGAUCUGUGUUAGCUCCGUGGGCUGUCGCUUACGAUCCUAUUGGCUACGCUGAGAUUGUUGGUGCAAAACUUGCAUAUGAGGGCAAAAAUUCGGCCGAACUCGCCCGAUCUCUAGUCAACACAAACAUAGAAGUAUUAAUGCCAGUUCUAGAACAGGAAUUCACCAAUAAUUCAGUUUUGUUUGCCCCAUGCAUUGAGAACACACAACUAAAUGGCUCCUUCUUAACUGACGCACCGAUCAAUAUACUGCGCUCAGGAAAGUACAGCCAAGUACCGUAUUUGAUUGGUUAUACAGAUCGAGAAGGUACAAUCAGAGCUGCUGAAGCAGAUACAUGGAAAAGGCCGAUGUUUCAAAAUUUCACACAGUUCCUUGGAGUGGAUUUAGCAUUUGACACAGAUGCUAAUAAAAAGAACGCUUCUGCAUCAAUCUUCAACUUUUAUUUUGGGAAUAGUACAGAAAUGGAUAUUGAAGAUUACUUGGACUACCAUGGAGAUACAUCAAUAUUAGUCCCUGCUAUAAGAGGAGCAUUGGAAAGAGCUUCGACAUCAUCAGCGAAAGUGCAUUUAUUUGAGUUUGCAUACAGGGGUUCAACUAAUGCUGACUGGACAUAUCCAGCUAUUCCGUUGAACGGAGUGAAGCAUGGUGGUAUACUUGAAUACCUGUUUGGGACCAAUUUGACUGAACAAGGAGCCCAGGCUAUGUUCUCAUUUAUCAGAAGACUCUUGGUGUUUGCUAAUGCUGGGACUCCGAAUUUCGCAACACCCCGCGACGAUGCAGCCCAAUGGCUCACCGUCUCCAACUCCUCAUUCAACUACUUCUACUUCGGAGGGUCACCAGGUCACCCCAUGGUUGAAGAAUCAAAGAUCAACCCCCACACGCAGAGAAUGACAUUCUGGAAUCAACUCUAUUCCAAAUAUUAUAAGACUCCUGUUCCAGUGUCGUCAGCUUCGAAGAUCGUAGGAUUAAGUCUAUUGUUGAUUUUGUGCCAAAUUUUAGUUUUUUAAGAUUGGAUUUUAGUUACAUUCAGUUUUAAGUGCAUAUUUGUUUGAACUUUGUUGAUUAGUAAUGUUUAACGGCCAGUUAGUUGACCUUUAACACAUUUUUCAACGAAUAUUUAAUUUGAGAGUUUAGAUCAUAACAUAGAAGUACUGUAUUGUUCUUUAUUUUUAAUUGUUGAUUUCGUAAGUUAAGUGAUUUUAAAAUAGGUCUAUUCUGAAUAAGAAAGACUUAUAAAAUGACAACAAGAAUAUUACUAUGAACAUAUUUGGAAUAAUUUUAAAUGUUGGUGCCAUAAAAUACAAAAUAUUUUUUUUGUAUCACAGCAUAAAUUUUCAGAAAAGCAUUAUCAUUUCAAGACAAUAUGAAAAAAAAAUCAAUAAACAUUUUGUGUUAUACUUACUUAUUGUAAAAUUAUGAAAAGUACCAUAAAAAUAACAGCAGAAAGACAAGGAUAAAGAUAUUUACAAAUCAUCCUUGCACGCACAGAAAAACCCCUCCAUAGUAUAGAAAAUUCAAAGUUUAUCACGAAAGGAUUGAAAACCAAUAAAUUCUAAUGUAAGUAAAAACUGACAUCAAAUCAAUCAAAAGUCCCGAGUUUAGAAAAUAAUUCCCAAGAUCAAGAAUCAUAAACAUCUUUUUACAUAAAUCUGACUUCUAAUAAAUUGCAAAUCUGAUAGAUGUCACGGAGUUCCCAGGGACAAAUUUAUAUGCGUUGAAUCUCCUUGAAAGUGAAAACCCCACUGAAAGCAAUCACGACUAUGUGGUGAAUACAAAAUAAGGCUCAAUUUUCUAUGCCACUACUUUGAAUUCAAUUUGCCAUCCUAGAAAUCAGAUGGUAUUAAAAUCAAUGGUUUGGAAAAAGAUAUAGUUAUUAAUUUGUAUUGUACAACAUGGGUCGGGUUCACUGAGUGGCCUUCUACAGAGUGACUUUUUAUACAUUGGCAAUAUUUUGUAUACAUGCUCAGUCCAUGAUUCUGUACAACUUUUAGUAUGGGAGUAAAAAAUUAAAUACCUACCUAAGUAGUGGAAAAUUUAUGGUUUUAGGUUGCUUUCACACGAAAAGUUGUUCGAGUGCUUUCGACUGAGCAUGUACAUAAAAUAAACCUAACGUCAAUCCUUUUUGGGUAUGCUGUUUUUAUACAUCAUCUUUUUGUCCCUUAGUCGCCAUGUACGUCAUCCACUGGAGGUUAUGAGGUUAUACUAUUCUAAAGCAAGAAUCACAAAAAAAUAAAGCAAUAUUGCAAAAGUCCAG